CCGGGGCCGGGCGCCUCCCGCCGCCAUGGAACCCCGCGGGUGCACCUGGGCGCUGGCGCUGCUGGGCGCGGGCCUGGCGCUGGCGCUGGCGCAGGGGGGCGCGGCCGCCCCGGGGGCGCCCGAGAAGCUGUGCGGCCACCACUUCGUGCGGGCGCUGGUGCGGGUGUGCGGGGGCCCGCGCUGGUCCCCCGAGGACGGGCGGCCCGUGGCUGGCGGCGACCGUGAGCUGCUGCAGUGGCUGGAAGGACGCCAUCUCCGCCACGGGCUGGCGGCCGAUGGGGACCCCUUGCUGCUACUCGCCCCACAGCUGCUGUCCCAGGCCUCUCGCCACCGCCACCACCGCCGGGCAGCUGCCGCCAACCCUGCCCACCACUGCUGCCUCAGCGGCUGCACCCGACAGGACCUGCUGACCCUCUGUCCCCAUUGAACCCUCCUGGGGCGUGGCCUGGGGUGGGGGGGUCUGGUCUGGCAAGCUCCUGAAGUCACACAGCACUGUAAAGCCCCACGUCUGGGGGGAUGUUGUUGAUUACCGCCUGGAACAGGGAGCUCACCACCUCUCCCAGGCCAUCUGUCCUGGGUGGGGCCAACUCGGGUAAAAUCCACACCCCUCCCUGGCCUGGAGGAUCCUCAGUUUUGCGGAGAUGCCAGACCCUGAAGGUCGAGUGUGCCCCUCUCCACGGAGCCCUGGGCACCACCCUCCCUGCAUGUGCUCUGCCCCUUGUUGCUGUCUCCCCAUAGUGAAUAAAUAAGAUACUGCAGAAUCCGAA